AUGUCUACCUUCCACCUCGACAGGAGUGUUUUCACCCCAGCCUUGUAUAAACAAGUCACCGAUAUAUGGCUAGUCGGCGCAGAUGCCGAAGGGAAGAAACUGGACGACAGUGCGGUUCUAAGAUGGUUUCGUGGCGACGCUGAGCUAGACCGCAUAUGCAAGGACAACUUCGCGCACGUUUUAGAUAGCAUCGGACCGGAACAGUUGCCUGAACCCACUGCGAAACCAUUUCUCCAAGAGCUAGAGACGAUUCAGGAACAGGAAAAAGGGAGUGAUGGUUCGCGAACCGCCUGGGCGGCUUUGAGCAUGGUGAUAUUGCUAGACCAAAUGCCGCGCAAUAUCUUCCGCACAAAUGAAGGCCUGAGCAAGGUGUACACGCACUAUGACAAGAUGGCUUUGGACUUUGUCGUAUCAUUGUUGUCAACAUCUUCACCAAUUGCUCGGCCGGAUCUCCACCCACCAUGGCAGAAUUCCUUUGCGCACAUUAUGUGGUUCUACCUACCGCUGGAGCACUCUGAAGAUAUUGAGGCUCACAAACAACUUGACGAUCUCGUCGCGCACUUCUCAGAACACAUCGAAAAGUUGGAAGGCUAUGAAGCGACGAGAAGCCUUGUGGAAAGUUUCAUGAAAGCAGAGAAAAUGCAUAGAGAGCCUUUAGAGAAGUUUGGGAGGUACCCGCAUCGGAAUGGUGCUUUGGAAAGGACGAGUACCGAACAAGAGCAAAAGUUCUUGGAGGGCGGUGGUGCGACGUUUGGAGUCGCACAGUGA